CGUCCGCGGCGCGAGCCACAGCGCGCGGGGCGAGCCAGCGAGAGGGCGAGCGGCGCUACCUGCUGCCUGCAGCCUGGGCCGGCCGGCGAGCCAGUGCGCGUGCGCGGCGGCGGCCUCCCCUGCGACCGGAGAAGACGAGCGGGCGAGCUAGCGGAGCGGGGCGCGAGGCGAGGCAGGGCUCAGCGACAUGGGGGACCGCGAGCAGCUCCUUCAGCGGGCGCGGCUGGCCGAGCAGGCGGAGCGCUACGACGACAUGGCCUCCGCCAUGAAGGCGGUGACCGAGCUCAACGAACCUCUCUCCAAUGAAGACCGAAACCUCCUCUCUGUGGCCUACAAGAAUGUGGUCGGUGCCCGGCGGUCUUCCUGGAGGGUCAUCAGCAGCAUCGAGCAGAAAACCACGGCUGACGGGAAUGAGAAGAAGCUGGAGAAGGUUAAGGCUUACCGGGAGAAGAUCGAGAAGGAGCUGGAAACAGUGUGCAAUGACGUGCUGGCCCUGCUGGACAAGUUCCUCAUCAAGAACUGCAAUGACUUCCAGUAUGAGAGCAAGGUCUUCUACCUGAAGAUGAAGGGCGACUACUACCGCUACCUGGCAGAGGUGGCUUCUGGCGAGAAGAAAAACAGUGUGGUCGAAGCUUCAGAGGCAGCCUACAAGGAAGCCUUCGAAAUCAGCAAGGAGCACAUGCAGCCAACACACCCCAUCCGGCUGGGCCUGGCCCUCAACUUCUCCGUGUUCUACUACGAGAUCCAGAAUGCGCCCGAGCAGGCCUGCCUCUUAGCCAAACAAGCCUUUGAUGACGCCAUAGCCGAGCUGGACACACUAAACGAGGAUUCCUAUAAGGACUCCACGCUCAUCAUGCAGCUGCUGCGAGACAACCUCACCCUCUGGACGAGCGACCAGCAGGACGAGGAAGCUGGAGAAGGCAACUGAGCGCCUCGGCCCACCCCCGCCCCGACCCCAUCACCACUGGUCCUUCCUCACCACAGUCACUAAGUAUCUAGUGCUAAACCUAUCUGUAUGGCAGCACAGCUACUCAGAUCUGCUCUCUGCCCCCGGGAAGCAGUUCCAGAUAAAUUUAUGGGCAUUGCUGGACUGAUGGUUGCUUUGAGCCCACAGGAGCUCCCUUUCUGAAUUGUGCAGACAGGUGCAUUCUGAAGGAGGCAUUUUCCUAUGCCUGCUGAUCUAGGUGAAGUGCAGGGGAAAAGCCUCGGGGAAGUUAGGAGAAUUAACCACACAGGCUACAGUUGGUAUUUAAAUGGUCCACUUAAAACCAGCUGCUAGUGUUUUGUUAAAGCAGUACAUCUGUGCAUGCAAAAGUGAAUUCACCCCUCCCACCUCUUUCUUAGCUAAUGGAAAACUGUUAAGGGAAGCUGAUAUGAGAGACCACUUGCUCCUUUCCAUCAGCUUAAUAAUAAACUUUAACGUGAGGUUUCAGUAGCGCCUUGUUUGCCUCUUUAAAUUAUGAUGUGCACAAACCUUCUUUUCAAUGCAAUGCAUCUAAAGUUUUGAUACCUGUAACUUUUUUUUUUUUGGUUGCGACUGUUUAAGAAUCAUGGAUUUAUUUUUUUGUAACUAUUUGGCUAUUGUCCUUGUGUAUCCUGACAGCGCCAUGUGUGUCAGCCCAUGUCGAUCAAGAUGGGUAAUUAUGAAAUGCCAGACUUCUAAAUUAAAUGUUUUGGAAUUCAGUGGGUAAAUAAAUGCUGCUUUGGGGAUAUCA